GGCAGUAACAAGUGGGGCCCCGCGGAGAUGCCUUACGAGCCGAGAAAAGUGUUCGCCUGUCUCCCCCAGGUUGAAAGAGGCGUCUCCAAAAUCAUUGGCGGAGAUCCGAAGGGCAACAACUUCCUCUACACCAACGGGAAAUGUGUCAUCAUUCGGAACAUUGAUAAUCCUGGAAUUGCUGAUAUUUACACGGAGCAUGCCCAUCAAGUUGUCGUUGCCAAGUAUGCGCCUAGUGGUUUCUACAUUGCAUCUGGAGACGUCUCCGGAAAGCUCCGAAUCUGGGAUACCACUCAGAAGGAACACCUCCUGAAGUACGAAUAUCAGCCAUUUGCAGGAAGAAUCAAAGACAUUGCAUGGACAGAAGACAGCAAGAGGCUUGCUGCCGUGGGGGAAGGAAGGGAGAAAUUUGGAGCCGUGUUCCUUUGGGAUACCGGUUCUUCAGUCGGUGAGAUCACUGGCCACAACAAGGUGAUCAAUAGUGUGGAUAUUAAACAGACCAGGCCUUACCGCCUAGCCACGGGCAGCGAUGACAAUUGUGCUGCGUUCUUUGAAGGACCACCGUUCAAAUUCAAGUUUACAAUAAGUGACCACAGCCGUUUUGUCAACUGUGUGAGGUUUUCUCCAGAUGGGAAUAGGCUUGCUACAGCCAGCGCAGAUGGCCAGAUUUUUAUUUAUGAUGGGAAAACUGGAGAAAAAGUGGGUGCUCUAGGCGGAAGUAAAGCACAUGACGGAGGGAUUUAUGCUAUAAGCUGGAGUCCAGACAGCAGUCAACUCCUUUCUGCUUCUGGAGACAAAACUGCAAAGAUCUGGGAUGUUGGUGCUGGUAGCAUCGUCAAUACCUUCAACAUGGGAUCAGAUGUUCUGGAUCAGCAGCUGGGUUGCCUGUGGCAAAAAGACCACUUGCUGACUCUCUCCCUUUCGGGCUACAUCAAUUAUCUGGAUAAGAACAAUCCUGAUAAACCUCUCCGCGUCAUAAAGGGUCACAGUAAAUCUAUACAGUGUCUCACAAUGCAUAAAAAUGGGGGGAAAUCCUAUAUUUACUCUGGGAGCCACGAUGGACACAUUAAUUAUUGGGAUUCUGAGACGGGCGAAAACAAUAGCUUUUUGGGGAAGGGACACACCAACCAGGUUUCUCGCAUGGCGGUGGAUGAGUCAGACCAGCUGGUCACCUGCAGCAUGGAUGAUACUGUGCGUUACACUAGCCUUAGCAAGAAAGACUACAGUGGCCAAGAUAUUAUAAAAAUGGAUGUUCAGCCAAAAUGUAUAGCAGUUGGACCUGGUGGAUUCGCUGUGGUCAUCUGCAUUGGAGAAAUUGUCUUGCUGAAGGAUAAGAAGAAGUGCUUUGCCAUCAAUAACCCCGACUUUGAACCUGAAGUUGUUGCGGUUCACCCUGGAGGUGGUACAGCAGCAGUUGGAGGAACGGAUGGGAACGUCUACCUGUAUGCAAUCCAGGGCUCUUCCUUAAAAAGAGAGGAGAAGACUUUAGAAGCGAAAGGUCCUGUGACUGACCUGGCAUACUCUCACGAUGGUGCCUUCCUCGCAGUGACGGAUGCCAGCAAAGUGGUCACUGUGUUUAGUGUUGCUGAUGGCUAUGCGGAACAUAAUAUCUUCUAUGGGCAUCAUGCAAAAAUUGUUUGCAUUGCUUGGUCACCGGAUAAUGAACAUUUUGCUUCUGGGGGUAUGGACAUGAUGGUGUACGUUUGGACAUUGAGUGACCCAGAGACCAGAGUCAAAAUACCAGAUGCCCACAGAUUACACCAUGUAAGCAGCUUGGCAUGGCUGGAUGAACAUACCUUGGUCACGACAUCACAUGAUGCAUCUGUCAAAGAGUGGUCCAUUUCCUACAAAUGA